AUGAAGUUUCACUAUCUUUUCCUCUCCUUGAUUGGAUUUGGGACUAUGAUUGGUGCCAAACACUCUCCACUAUUACGCAAGUCAUCGGGCCACGCUGAUUUCACAAAACGCGCCGGAUUGAUGGCACCAAUGGAUAGACCAGGCCAAUCAAAUACCGUCUAUCCAUUGACAAACGCAGAGCGUCUUCGACAGGGUCUCCCCAUCAUCUCACCCCGCAAACCAUCCCGCGUGGCCGCUCGGGCCGCCGUCCCUUCGCCGACGCCGUGUGGACGCCUCGUAGUAGAAGACGUGGACGGGGCGUAUAAAGGAUACAUAGCGUCUUCUCUAGACUCCCAGGGUCGCUUCUUCCUGACGCUCAACCGUGCUGAUGCUCUUGAGGUCGUCUACAAUCACCAUAGAUUGAUCCCUACGAAUAGUGCGAUCACUCAGCCAGUCGUCGGCGUCACAUUCGGAGAGACUUACCAAAACCCACCUGGCAGUAAUGCGUUUGACGUCGGCUCCUACAACUUUGCUGUUCUUUCCCCGACGUCGGAGACUGUGUAUGGAUUCCCUGCGUCGCCCGGCUUGACGUCUUACACUGGAGCUUCUGUCGAUGGUAUUGAGUCGGCCAUCUUUAGGAUUGAUCAUAAAGCAGGAAACGAAAUCAUUCCCACUUGGAUCAACCCAGACGGAUCUCCUGUUCGCUCUUCGUUUGUUGUUCCCUCCGAGGAUGACCUCCGGCCAGUUGCCAUCACUGGAGGUAUUGAUGCGUACAAAGCCAUGUUCGGCGGUUACGCUGCGCGAGUCUUUUGCGAUGCCAACUAG